AUUGGUGAAGAGCAUGGAGUUCGUAAAAGGAAAUUUAGCAUGGAUACUGCCUUGGAGGACAAGAUUUGUGAUCUCUAUGACCUUUAUGUUGAUGGGCUGGAUGAAGAUGCAGGUCCACAAAUUAGAAAGCUCUAUGUGGAGCUUGCACAUUUGUGGCCAAAUGGUUUAAUGGACAACCAUGGGAUUAAACGCGCUAUUUGUAGAGCAAAGGAGAGAAGAAGGGAAAUGUACAACAGACACAGGGAUCGGGAGAAAAUUAGGAGGAAAAAAAUGUUGACACCUAAAACAGAGGUAGGCGUUCAAAUUGAGACGGGUGUGAUUGUGCAGCCACAGUAUACAAGAGAGGGAUUGGGCUCUGAUUCAGGUGGUCAUGGUCUAGCUGCAUCUGGCAAACCAAAUUCUAAUACAACAGCAGCUUCCAUGAGGACACCCAGUCCAUCAGCCAGUGGGGACAGGCUAAAACAAGAGAAAUUGAAGGGAAGUUCAAGCAAUUCUAUGGAUGAAGUGAAAACGGCGGAUGGUAUGAUGACAAGUAUAAAGAAAAAGGUAAAGAGGAAGGCAGAACUGGAUUUGGAUGGCACACCAGUGCACCCGGAAAAAUUACCUGUCCAACAAAGCGAUGAAAGACACAAGUCGCAAAAACUGUCUGCAGGUCUUCCCCAGAAAACAAACCUGCAGUCAACUGCACCAAAUUUCGAACAGUCAAGCUGACAUAGUUUAGGAAAUUCACACCACAAAUUGUGUAACAGGCUUUUCUUCCUUUUUCUACGGGUUCUUCAUUCCGGCCAACCAUUGUUGCCAUUAUCAGUUACCAUUUUUGUAAUUAAAUGAUGUCGCAUGGCACCAUCUUCAUUAGAGGUACAGUGUAAUAGGAGAAACUAGAAAGCUUUAGUUUGUGUAUCAUCAUCACCAUGGCUUGAAACCAAAACAUCAGCAUUAUUUAUUUUUCUAGCCUUUGGUGGUAAAUUAAUGUGGCGCUUUUUCCUGAA